UCUAUUUUAUAAAAUUUCUCAGUGUAACGCUGACUUGUUGGACUAAAGGAACUCUCGCUUGAUCCCAUAUCUGGGGGUUUAUAUCAGUCUAAAACCCUAGCUCAUCGGUCUUUGCCACUGAUUCACACAAAGGUCUGAGGAAAAUGGCCGGUGCUCGGGAAAUUACAGCGGCAGAGUUCUUGCAGGGUACCAGUAGGCAAAAUCUGUUUUUACAUAGAAAUUUUCAAAGAAAUAGAAGUCGUUUGCUGUGGGGUACACUCAAUAGACAGAAUCCAAAACUGGGUAUAUCUAAUAGAAGAGGGGUUUCAUUGAGGUGUUGUGCUCAAGCAAAGCCCAGAGCUAUUGUUUCUGGGGGUGUGAGCAGUACAGUUGAUGAGCAAUCAAGCUUGGUUGAGAAACCUGCCGAGGAAGUUAUCCAUUUUUUCCGGAUUCCGCUGCUCCAGGAAGGUGCAACUGCUGAGCUUUUGAAGUCUGUUCAAACCAAAGUCUCAAAUCAGAUUGUUGGUUUGAAAACUGAACAGUGCUUCAAUAUUGGGCUUGAUUCAAGGCUUUCAAGUGAAAAGCUUGCUGUCCUUAAGUGGCUUCUUCAGGAGACUUAUGAGCCUGAGAAUUUGGGGAAGGAGAGCUUUCUCGAGAAGAAGAAGCAGGAGGGGUUAAAUUCAGUCAUAGUUGAGGUUGGGCCUCGGUUGUCUUUUACUACAGCUUGGUCUUCUAAUGCUGUAUCAAUUUGUCGAGCAUGUGGGUUGACAGAGGUUACCCGUAUGGAACGAUCGAGGAGGUAUUUGUUGUUUUGUCAGGGUGUACUGCAGGAUCAUCAGAUUAAUGAGUUUGCUGCAAUGGUUCAUGAUCGUAUGACUGAGUGUGUGUAUACCCAGAAGCUCACAUCAUUUGAGACUAAUGUGGUUCCAGAGGAAGUUCGUUUUGUACCUGUCAUGGAGAAGGGCCGGAAGGCAUUGGAGGAAAUUAAUCAGGAAAUGGGCUUGGCAUUUGAUGAGCAAGAUCUACAGUAUUACACCCGGCUAUUUAGGGAGGACAUCAAGCGGAAUCCAUCCAAUGUGGAAUUGUUUGACAUAGCACAAUCCAAUAGUGAGCACAGCAGGCACUGGUUUUUUACUGGUAAAAUGAUUAUUGAUGGACAGCCAAUGAAUAGGACACUCAUGCAGAUUGUGAAGAGCACUUUGCAGGCAAACCCAAACAAUUCUGUUAUUGGGUUCAAGGAUAACUCGAGUGCUAUCAAGGGCUUCCAUGUGAAGCAAUUACGACCUAUUCAGCCUGGGUCAAUAUGUCCAUUAGAGAUGGCUGCUCGUUACCUUGAUAUUUUAUUUACCGCUGAGACCCAUAAUUUCCCAUGUGCAGUGGCACCUUACCCUGGUGCAGAAACAGGUGCAGGAGGUCGUAUUAGGGAUACCCAUGCGACGGGAAAGGGUUCUUUUGGGGGUGCAGCUGCAGCUGGUUAUUGUAUUGGGAACCUCAAAAUAGAUGGGUCUUAUGCCCCAUGGGAAGAUCCAUCUUUUACAUACCCUUCAAACUUGGCAUCGCCUUUGCAGAUCCUUAUUGAUGCUAGUAAUGGUGCAUCAGACUAUGGGAACAAAUUUGGAGAGCCCUUGAUUCUGGGCUACACUAGAACUUUUGGAAUGAGACUGCCGAGUGGGGAGAGACGAGAAUGGUUGAAGCCAAUAAUGUUUAGUGCAGGAAUAGGUCAGAUUGAUCACACCCAUAUAGUUAAAGAAGAGCCUGACAUUGGAAUGUUAGUUGUGAAGAUUGGGGGCCCUGCAUAUCGUAUAGGAAUGGGAGGAGGCGCAGCGUCUAGCAUGGUUAGUGGCCAGAAUGAUGCAGAGCUUGAUUUUAAUGCUGUUCAGCGUGGAGAUGCUGAGAUGGCACAAAAGUUGUAUCGUGUUGUUCGUUCCUGCAUUGAAAUGGGGGAGAAUAACCCAAUUAUCAGCAUUCAUGAUCAGGGGGCUGGUGGGAACUGUAAUGUAGUUAAGGAAAUCAUAUACCCAAAGGGUGCUGAGAUUGAUAUCAGGGCAGUUGUGGUCGGUGAUCACACAAUGUCUGUCUUAGAGAUUUGGGGUGCAGAAUAUCAGGAGCAAGAUGCAAUCUUGGUGAAGCCUGAAAGCCGCAACCUGUUACAAUCAAUCUGUGAUAGAGAAAGGGUUUCUAUGGCUGUUAUUGGAAAAAUAAAUGGUGAGGGACGUAUUGUAUUAGUUGAUAGCUUAGCUAUUGAAAAAUGCCAUUCAAGCGGACUCCCUCCUCCUCCUCCUGCUGUGGAUCUUGAGCUUGAGAAAGUACUUGGGGACAUGCCUCAGAAAUCAUUUGAAUUCCACCGGGUGGUUCAUGCACGAGAGCCUCUUGAUAUUGCUCCUGGGAUCACAGUGAUGGAUUCUUUGAAGAGGGUACUGAGACUUCCAUCUGUCUGUUCAAAACGCUUCUUGACAACAAAAGUGGAUAGGUGUGUUACUGGUCUUGUGGCACAGCAGCAAACUGUUGGCCCCUUGCAAAUUCCUCUUUCUGAUGUUGCAGUCAUUGGUCAGACUUAUACUGAUUUCACUGGAGGUGCAUGCGCCAUUGGGGAGCAGCCAAUCAAAGGUCUGCUGGAUCCAAAAGCAAUGGCAAGAUUGGCCGUCGGGGAAGCACUCACAAAUCUUGUUUGGGCAAAAGUCACUUCUCUUUCUGAUGUUAAAGCGAGUGGUAAUUGGAUGUAUGCUGCCAAGCUUGAUGGGGAAGGAGCAGCUAUGUAUGAUGCUGCUACAGCCCUUUCAGAAGCUAUGAUCGAACUUGGUAUAGCAAUUGAUGGGGGGAAAGACAGUCUUUCCAUGGCAGCCCAUUCUGCUGGUGAGGUUGUCAAGGCUCCUGGGAAUCUUGUAAUCAGUGUCUAUGUCACUUGUCCUGACAUAACAAAAACAGUAACACCAGAUUUGAAGCUAGGAGAUGAUGGUAUUCUGCUCCAUGUUGAUUUGUCAAAAGGAAAGCGGAGGUUGGGUGGAUCUGCUCUUGCUCAGGUUUUUGACCAACUUGGGGAUGAGUGUCCUGAUCUUGAAGAUGUUUCUUACCUCAAACGAGUUUUUGAGGGCAUUCAGGACCUUAUUGCAGAUGAUUUGAUCUCUGCUGGUCAUGACAUCAGUGAUGGGGGGCUAUUGGUUUGUGCCUUGGAAAUGGCAUUUGCUGGAAAUUGUGGCAUCAUCUUGGACAUGUCUUCGAAGGGGAAGGGCCUCUUCCAAACACUUUUUGCAGAAGAACUUGGUGUAAUUCUUGAGGUUAGCAAGAAGAACUUGGACACUGUAGUAGGAAAGCUUGGCAGUUUUGGUGUUUCUUCUGAGAUAAUUGGACAAGUAACAGCCAGUCCCUCAAUAGAGUUAAAGGUAGAUGAGGUAAUUCAUUUGAAUGAGAAAACUUCACUGCUUCGGGAUAUGUGGGAGGAUACCAGUUUUCAGCUGGAAAAGUUCCAAAGAUUGCCCACUUGUGUUGAAUCAGAGAAAGAAGGGUUGAAAUUUAGGCAUGAACCUUCAUGGGAAUUGUCCUUUACUCCUACCUUCACAGAUGAGAAAUAUAUGAAUGCAGCUUCAAAACCAAGAGUAGCUGUGAUUCGAGAAGAAGGCAGCAAUGGUGACAGAGAAAUGUCUGCAGCAUUUUAUGCUGCUGGUUUUGACCCAUGGGAUGUUACAAUGUCUGACCUGCUUAAAGGAACCAUCUCUCUGGAUGAAUUCCGUGGUAUUGUGUUUGUUGGAGGUUUUAGCUAUGCUGAUGUGCUUGAUUCUGCAAAAGGUUGGUCUGCUUCAAUACGAUUCAAUCAACCCCUUCUGAAUCAAUUUCAGGAGUUUUACAAGCGACCAGAUACUUUUAGUCUUGGUGUUUGCAAUGGGUGUCAGCUCAUGGCUUUGUUGGGGUGGGUCCCAGGUCCCCAGGUUGGUGGUGUGCAUGGUGCUGGUGGGGAUCCAUCGCAGCCAAGGUUCAUUCACAAUGAGUCAGGCCGUUUUGAAUGUCGUUUCACAAGUGUGUCAAUAAAGGACUCACCUGCUAUAAUGUUCAAAGGAAUGGAGGGUAGCACAUUGGGUGUAUGGGCUGCUCAUGGUGAGGGAAAAGCAUUUUUCCCUGAUGAUGGAGUUUUGGAUCGUGUGCUUCAUUCAGACUUGGCCCCAGUAAGAUAUUGUGAUGAUGAUGGGAAUGUGACAGAAACUUACCCUUUCAAUUUGAAUGGCUCUCCAUUAGGGGUUGCAGCCAUUUGUUCUCCAGAUGGGAGGCAUCUUGCCAUGAUGCCUCAUCCAGAGCGUUGCUUCUUGAUGUGGCAGUAUCCCUGGUAUCCAAAACAAUGGAAUGUGGACAAAAAAGGCCCUAGUCCAUGGUUGCGGAUGUUCCAGAAUGCUAGGGAGUGGUGCUCUUGAGGGAAUUAGUAUUCUGGUGUUGUUUUAGCUAUAGUUUUUUGCUUUAAAUGCUUACUAAUACUGUGCUUCUCUGUUUUGAUUCAUAACAGCGUUCAGUGGUAGGAGUCAUGGACUCAUGGGGUCUUGAAGGUCAAAAGGAUGGAUUUGUUCUUUUUGUCUUAUGAAAUCUAUAGUGAUGUCCAAGGUGUUAAGUUUCUUCCUUCUGUUUUAUUUGCAGACUAAACAACGUUGAGCAGAAAUGGCCAUGGAAUUUUUCAUGGUUUCAAGUUGUUUCUUCAAAUUUUGUUUUGGUCUAUCUUUAUUUUUGUAACCGAAUGCUUUGUUUGUGAGGAAAUUUCAGUAUCAUAGAAUUAAUUAAAAUUUUAUUUUCAUUA